UCCAGUGGACGCUUUUACACCACAGAGAUCCGCACCGGUGCCAAGGGACUGACGUGUUCGUGUUCGUGCUCGUAGUUCUGUUUAAAAGAAAAUACACAAUGUCUCUUGACGAAAGAUUCAACAAGGCUGCGGAAGAGGUGAAGGAACUGAAGGCACCAGCUUCAGACAAUGAUCUACUCGAAUUGUACUCGCUGUACAAACAGGCCACCGUCGGCGAUUGCAACACGUCUAGGCCAGGCAUGCUGGAUUUGAAGGGCAAAGCUAAGUGGGACGCUUGGAACGGUAGGAAGGGCAUGAGCCAAGAUGCUGCGAAAGAACAGUACAUUCAGAAGGUGGAAGAACUGAUAUCCAUCAUCGGGAAGAAGUAAACCAACCUUUCGGAUGACAAUCUGUUAUUAACUAACGCCUACGUUAUUUUCAUACUCGUCGAACUUAUCAACUUGGCUUUUAUAUCAGGGUGCAGUAGUUGCAAAAAUGUUUAAGAGCAAUCUUUUUCUACUUGGGAGUAAUAAUCAAGCGAUCGGUGCUAACAUAGUUUUUA